CACCUGUCAUAUGAGGAUAUCGAGCGGUAGGAUUUAUACACUGUUUUAGCGUUGUUUGUCGUACCUAAACGUGAUGACGGAUACAGAUGAAUUAGAUAUCAACAAAUUCUUCCGAUUUCUUCAGACUUCGUACCUAGAUGUGUAUGAGGCGGCCCAGGAGAGAUGCUACAUGGUCUGUAUCCCACAACAGACCUCUCUCACCAACAUCAACAUCAACAAAAAGUUUGUGGAAACUCACAUACUGAGACCAUCUCCAUAUUUCCAAAGUGAAUUCCUUACUCUCAAGUCAAGUGAAAGAAUUGUUCAUCUAGAAGAAAAUGGAAAGGAACUUCGAACAGGAGAUGGAUUCCAAUGCCCAUGUAAAGUAAAGAUACUGACCGAAGAACUAGGCUAUAACAAGGACUAUAAGCCAUUUAAAAUCUUGGUGAUAGAAAAACCUCUGGACACUUUCAGCCAAGUGACUUCUUCACAAACAAGGGAUAGAACUGGAAGUGAAAGAAUUUCUGACAAGGAUGCUGCUUUGUCUGUAUCAGAGUAA